UCACAUCACAAACUAAAACACUUUGUAUAUUUUGAUACGCUAUGAAUUGUAAAUAAUAAUGUAUCCGCUAAGCUCGCAGAAACGUUCGUGGACUUUUGCCAACGAUGCCCAGCUGCAGGAAUUUCGUGUGGAGCAAAAUACGAAGUAUAUAGAACAGCAUGUGGAUGAGGCGCCCGGUGAACUGCAGGAAUAUUUCCUGACGCCGGCUGAGGAAAGACUAUUGUUAAAGCAGUAUGAAAUCUACUUGGUAGACUUUUGCCGUCGUUUUGAGCCAGCCAUGCCAAAAUGUGUAAUUGGAACAGCAUUUAGUUAUUUCAAGCGAUUUUACCUCAACAACACGCCUAUGGACUAUCAUCCAAAGGAAAUAUUAGCCACAUGCGUGUUUGUCGCCUGCAAAGUUGAGGAGUUCAAUGUAUCCAUCAGUCAGUUUGUAAACAACAUCAAAGGAGAUCGAAAUAAGGCCACAGACAUUGUGCUCUCGAAUGAGUUAUUGUUGAUUUGCCAACUAAACUACUACCUAACCAUACACAAUCCGUUCCGUCCCAUUGAGGGCUUUCUUAUAGAUAUAAAGACUCGCAGCAAUAUGCAGAAUCCAGAUCGCUUGCGUCCGCAAAUCGAUAGCUUCAUUGACUCGACGUUCUUCACCGAUGCCUGCUUGCUAUACACGCCCUCGCAAAUUGGCUUAGCUGCAGUGCUACAUGCAGCAAGUAAGGAGCAGGAAAACCUGGAUAGCUAUGUGACUGAUUUCCUCUUUGUGUCUGCUCGUGAGAAACUGCCUGGUCUCAUUGAUGCUGUGCGCAAAAUACGCUUGUUAGUUAAAAAUUAUCAGGCUCCUGAACGCGAAAAAGUGAAAGCUAUUGAAAAGAAGUUGGACAAAUGUCGCAAUCAAAAUAAUAAUCCAGAUAGCGAACUUUACAAAGAACGAUUGCGCCGUUUAUAUACCGAUGAGGACGAUCUGCCUGCCGAAGAUGGCUCUUUUCACAUUGCUGAUGUCAGCUCAGAUACCUCGGCUAUGAAUAUCAGUCAAUGAAACUAAAACUUCUUAGCCUAGGCAUUUAUUCCUUACUAUUGAUGAAAAGAUAAAUAUAAACAAAUACAAACAUAAAUAAAAUAAAAGGCGUGAGAAAUAACU